GCUCGUAGAGGCUUCACUUGACUUGACUGGCAAGGUGGUCUUGUUUGGUCCGGACGCGGAGCGAGCGUUGUUUGAGAAGUACUUUAAGCUCUACGAUUGAGAAAGUAUCAAGAGUAUCGCAACCAUGAGCUCGAUGCCCACCACAGUCAACAGCGCCGGUGGCGCGUCGUACGAAAUCGACGACCUCGGUCGCCUGCACCGCUUCCUGAUGCUUGGCACCGAGGGUGGCACUUUCUACGCUUCAGAGAGUCAACUGACGGUGGAGAACGCCGGGUGCCUGCUGCGUCUGUUCAACGACGGCCGUGGCCUUGAGGCCCUGGAGGCGAUCAAGGCGGUUUCCUUGGGUGGCCGUGCACCCCGCCAGACCCCGACCAUGUUUGCGCUGGCCAUGGCAUGCCGCAGCACUGACCUGGCCGUGGUCAAGGCGGCCUACACCAUGCUGCCUGAGGUUUGCCGCAUUCCCACCCACCUCUUCAUGUUUGUCGGCUUUAUGACGUCUCUGGGCCAGUCCAAGGGCUGGGGCCGCGUUGCGCGCGCCGCUAUUGCACGCUGGUACACCAGCAAGCCCGCAGAUCGCCUGGCCUUCACCGUCACCAAGUACCGCAACCGCGAGUCCUGGACCCACCGCGAUCUCCUCCGCCUCGUCCACCCCCGCACUCGCGACAGCAGCCAGCAGCUCAUCUUCCGCUACAUCACGCACGGCAUGACCGGCGUGGACGAGCUCCUGGGCAACCUCCGCCCCAGUGAUUUGGCUGAAGUCGAGCCCGUGCUCGCUUUUCUUCGAGCAGUGGAGACCACCACCAAGGCUACGGAGGAUACCCUUGAUGAGGUCUUGGAGCUGAUCCCUCGCCACAAGCUGGCCCGUGAGCACCUCUCCACCGACUUGCUCAAGCUGCCCCAGAUUUGGCAAAAGCUGCUGCCCAACAUGCCCAUCACGGCUGCCAUCCGCAACCUGAACAAGAUGACGCGCCUCGGCCUCUUUGAAGAGGCCCACAACCUCGAGGCCAUGGUUCAGCUCAUUACCAGCGAGGAAGUCCUGCGAAAGGGCCGCGUCCACCCCUUAGCCGUGCUCUCAGCACGCAAGGUCUACAGCUCUGGCCGGGGCUUGCGAGGCGGGCAGACGUGGGAGCCUGUGCCCGCUCUUGUGGACGCCCUUGAGAAAGCCUUUUACCUGUCCUUCCACACGGUGGAACCCACGGGCAAGAGGAUUCUCAUCGCGCUCGACGUCUCGGGCAGCAUGACCUGGGGCAACUGUGGCGGCUCGGACCUGACUCCACGUGAGGCCUCUGCGGUCAUGUGCAUGCUCACCCUCCGCACCGAGAAGGCUGCCCGAGUUGUUGGCUUUAGCGACGAGCUCGUCCCCAUCCAUCUCCGCCGCAAGGACACACUCGAAGAGGUCAUUAAUAAGAUUGAGGCCAUUCGCAUGGGUGCCACCGACUGCUCCCUGCCCAUCCGCAAUGCCGAAGCCCUGGGCCUGCCCGUUGAUGCCUUUAUUGUCUACACCGACAACGAGACCUACUUUAACGAGCAACCCGCCGCUGCCAUGCGCCGCUACCGCCAGCACAGCGGCAUCCCCAACAGCAAGCUGGUCGUCGCCGGCAUGAGCAGCACCAACUUUAGCAUUGCCGACCCCGCCGACCCCAACAUGCUAGACUUUGUUGGCUUUGACAGCGCCGCUCCUCAAAUCAUGGCCGACUUCAUCGCCGACCGCCUCAUCUAAAAGAAUGAGCCGUCUGCGUUGUGGUGUUCGUGGGCGUCCGUGGGCGAGGGAUGGACAAGUGGUGUGACUGUGUCUCUAUGUCUGUGUGUCUGUCUCUGUGUCUGUGUCUGCAUCUGUGUCUGUAUCUGUGUUGGUCUUCGGGGUCUGUGUCUGUGUCUGUGCGAUCCCGAUGCACAUUAGUAUUAUAAGUUGCUCGUACUGUCCCGAGUUGACGUAGAGCAUUCAAUCGAGUCAGCGACUCUU